AUGGCCUCGGAGCAGACAAACUAUACUCAAGGCUAUUCUGAAGCCACUGUCUCAAGCCAUGCCUCACGGACAAUUGAGUCAGACGCCAGCUUCUUGGUGCCUCACUUGCGAGCUACCGAUCACAUACUAGACGUGGGUUGUGGCCCGGGAACCAUCACCGUCGGAUUUGGAGUCAUUGCUACAGCAGGCUCAGUCAUCGGCGUCGACAUCUCAGAUGAGGUCCUUGAGAAAGCCCGAGAGACGGUCAGCAGAGCCAGAGAGAAAUCGAUGGAGACAUCCCGACCCCUGCCGCCCAUCACAUUCCAAAGAGCAGACCUCCUUACCGGACUUCCCUUUCCAGACGACACCUUUGAUGUAGUCUUCAACUCGCAGCUUUUCCCGCACCUCGCUACCCACGACAUGCGUGUGCGGGCCUUGAGUGAAAUGCGCCGCGUCCUGAAACCAGGAGGCAUCCUCGCCUCGCGCGACGCCGCCGAGCUGCACUUCUACCCCAGGACUUACGACCUCGAUCGGCUCUGGGCGGGCAACAUGGUCAAGGCAUUGCGAUACGGUGAGGCAGGCGCCUGUUUACCCGGCGGCGAUAUGCCUGCGCUGUUUCGUGAGGUCGGCUUCGACGCCGCCGCAGGCAAGGUCAAGAUCGGGGCCGGCACGACCGUUCACGCGGGCAAGAAGACGAGAGACUGGUUCGUGACUGCGGGCAUAGGCAAGUUGAAGCCGGGUGAUCCGUUCAGAGAUAGCUGGGAUCGUGUGGGAAUCACGGACAAAGAGAUCAAGGAGACAAGAGAGGCGCUGGAAAAAUGGGGCAAAGAUGACGAUGCGUGCAAUCAGAUCGAGAAUGUGGAGGUCGUUGGUUUCAAAGCCAAGCCCAAUUCAGGCUUUUCAAGCGCAAAUGGCAAUUGA